AUAUUGAACAUUGAACGUAUUUAGCUAGUGACCAAUACCCAUUUAUUCAGUUGUGUCUAGCAUUGAUUCAUGUGAACAUAACAAUAUCGACUUUGAUUAAUAUCGUGAACAAAUAGGAUUGAUCCUUAUUAUUUAUGCUAGACACAACUCACUAACACAAAGGAAGCUGAUAACCCGGACAGAAGGCAACAGAAGGCAACAGAAAAUAACUAUCUCCAAUUAAGGAGCACCACCACCGAAAACCAAGAAUGCCAGUAAUCGGAUGCCCAAUAGAGGGGUGCGAGUACAACACACCGGACGUGGACCCAGUAAUUGCCGCUGCAUUGAUCACAGCCCAUGCAACCAGCCACCAAGCACCAAGCAGGGCAAUACAGGCAGCCGCGGUCGAGAAGGUGAAGAGACCAGGCAUAACCUCCUCGGGCACAACAGAAGACUGGCAGUACUUUAAGUCCAGGUGGGACGACUAUGUAAAGGCAACCAGACUGACAGGAACCGACCGUGUCAUCCAAUUACUAGAGUGCUGCGACGAUGAGCUUCGAAGAGACCUCACUAGGAACACACGGGGCACCCUUACCGAGAUGACUGAAGACGAAGUGUUUGCAGCUAUGAAAAGGCUAGCUGUAAGAGAAGAAAACACCAUGGUAGCAAGGGUGACCCUGCACAAUAUGAGACAGGACCGAGAUGAACCAGUGCGUGCGUAUGGAGCUAGACUUAGAGGACAGGCGAGCGUCUGUAAGUUCACCCAGCAAUGUACAGGAUGCGACGCCACCGUGGACUACACCGAGGCCAUACUGAAGGAUGUACUAUGCCAAGGCCUAGGGGACACCGAAAUACAAUUAGACCUACUGGGGGACAAAAAUUGGGGGACAAAAAUCAAGAUAUGACGAUGGAGCAGGUUCUUAGGUUUGUGGAAGCAAAAGAGGCAGGCAAACGGUCAGCAUCUCGCCUACUCCUGCCCCAAGCAACGGACGCACUAUCCGGUAGCUCAUACAAGAAGCAGAAAAGGCCCCCACCGAAGGAACAAGAGACGUGUACGUAUUGCGGAACCAAAGGGCAUGGAAGAAGCCCUCCGACGAGGAUCAGAAGGACCGAAUGCCCGGCAUUCGACACCACGUGCAACCAUUGCGGCAAGGAACACCACUUUGAGAGAGUAUGCAGAGCCAAGAACAGUACCAAGUCGACAAAAGCCACGGAACGGCAGGAUGCUAUCUCCGACACACUAUGCGGCAUCACGGCGGUGGACAACACAAGAGCUGUCACGCUAGACCACCAUGUGUUCGACCAACCCACAGGAGAUUGGAUCAGAAAACGUUCCAAACCUCAACCGUAUGUCAGACUGCAGAUGAGCGUUGAGUCAGAGGACUAUCGACAACUCGGAUACAAACUCAGCACACCACCCAAGCGAUCGUUUGUCAGUGCAAUGGCCGACACAGGCUGUCAGAGUUGCUUGGCAGGCCUCCAAGUAGUUAAGAAGCUCGGAAUCUCUACCAAAGACCUAAUCCCCGUUGACCUCAAGAUGCACGCUGCGGACAACCACAACAUACAAAUCCUAGGUGCCAUAAUACUGCGGUUCUCUGGAAAAAACAGCAAUGGAGAAGAAAAAUCAACCAGGCAAAUGGUUUACGUCACCGAUUGUACCGACAAAUUGUUCCUGAGCAGAGAAGGGUGCACGGAUCUGGGAAUAAUCCCCGACAAUUUCCCCACAAUGGGCAAAGGCGAUCCCAUCAAUACUGUCACCAUAUCGCACCAAGAAAGAUGUGAGACUCACACAAGCGAUCCCGUCAGUGUUGCUACCACCACACACCAAGAGGAAUGUCGAUGCCCCAGAAGGACCAAACCACCACCACCCCCUACCUCCAUGCCACACUCAGCCACAGAGACCAACAGAGAGUUGCUCACACAAUACCUCCUGGACUAUUACAGAUCCAGCACAUUCAACGUCUGUGAGCACCAAACCCUGCCCAUGAUGGAUGGACCACCCAUGAGACUACUAAUCGACACCCAGGCAACCCCCACGGCUCAUCACUCACCUAUCCCUGUGCCCCUCCAUUGGCAAGACGAGGUCAAAGCCGAUUUAGAUCGAGAUGUGAGGCUAGGAGUCCUCGAACCGGUACCCAUUGGAGAACCAGUCACAUGGUGCCACCGCAUGGUCAUCUGCGCUAAGAAAAAUGGCAAGCCAAGACGAACCAUCGACUUUCAACCCCUCAAUGUCCACGCAACCAGAGAAACCCACCAUACCCAAUCACCUUACCACCAAGCAAGAUCUAUCCCCCAGGGGAAGAAAAAAUCGGUAUUUGAUGCAUGGAAUGGAUAUCACAGCGUACCACUCCACCCAGAAGAUCGACACUAUACAACCUUCAUAACACCUUGGGGUCGCUACCGAUACAGAACAGCCCCGCAAGGCUACAUCUCAUCGGGAGAUGGCUACACCAGGAGAUAUGACGAAAUCGCCUCGUCUAUACCCAAUCACACAAAGUGUGUGGAUGACGCCCUCCUGUGGUCUGAUACCAUUGAAGAGAGCUUCUUUCAAGCGUGCAACUGGUUAGACCUUUGUGGCAGAAACGGCAUCACCCUCAACCCCGAGAAAUUUAGGUUUGCCCAAGACGAGGUUGAAUUCGCUGGUUUCGAAAUCACGACAGACACAGUGCGACCAUGCAAGAAGUAUAUCAGGGCUAUCUCCGACUUUCCAACUCCACAGAACCUCACAGAUGUAAGAUCUUGGUUUGGUCUGAUCAACCAGGUAUCAUACGCCUUUAGCACGACUGACACAAUGCUGCCCUUCCGAGAACUACUCAAGCCUAGCAACAAAUUCCACUGGGACGAAGAUCUGCAACAAGCUUUCGACAAGUCAAAGUUGACCAUAAUCGAAGAAAUCCACAAUGGAGUCAAGAUCUUCGACAAAACGAAACCCACAUGCUUGGCAACCGAUUGGUCAAAAAACGGCAUAGGUUACUGGCUGUUUCAAAAACACUGCUCCUGCCCAUCUACUGACCUAUUUUGCUGUAAACAAGGAUGGAAGAUUACUCUAGUUGGGAGCAGAUUCACCCACGCUGCCGAAUCCCGGUAUGCCCCCAUUGAAGGCGAAGCACUCGCAGUGGCAGAUGCCCUAGACAAGGCGCGACACUUUGUCCUUGGGUGCAAAAACCUAACUAUCGCAGUGGACCAUAAACCUCUCCUGAAGAUCUUCGGUGACCGAUCCAUGGAUAACAUCUCCAACACUAGACUGCGCAACCUCAAGGAAAAAACUCUCCGAUACCACUUCAAAAUGAUACACAUCCCCGGUAUCAAGCACAGAGCCCCUGAUACCCUCUCGAGAUACCCCACAGGUGAUCCACAUCCACCUAAAAUGGGCCUCCAAGACGAUAUCCAGAGCAUCAAAGAUAGCAGUGGUAUCGCCCAUACACCUCCUUUAUACAUUCCUACCCAACUAAUCGCUGGCAUCAAUACCGAGGACCAACUACACUCACAUCUGAUGGAAAACGGACUACAGGAGACCCUCCUCUCUACACUCCACUCCACACAUACUGUGAAUUGGGAGCAAGUUCAGACGGCUACAUCAUCUGAUGACAACAUGCUCCUCCUGCUGUCCACCAUCGAAGACGGUAUCCCCGCACUCAAAAGCGACCUACCACAAUCCAUCAGAGAAUAUCACCAACACAGAAACCACCUCUACAGCAGCGACGGCGUUGUGAUAUACAAGAACAGGAUCGUUAUACCACCCUCUUUGAGACCUGCAUGCCUAUCUGCUCUCCACGCUGCCCACCAAGGCACAGCAAGUAUGAUCUCAAAAGCGGAAUCAUCCAUCUUUUGGCCUGGCAUCACACAGGACAUCCAAGCCACUCGCACCAAUUGCUCGCCCUGCAACAGAAUGGCUCCAUCACAGUCGGCACUUCCCCCCACACCACCAACCCUCGCGGAAUACCCCUUCCAAUGUAUCUGUGCAGACUACUGUCACUACAAAGGUUGCAAUUAUCUUGUCAUAGUGGAUAGAUACUCCAACUGGCCCAUAGUCGAAAGAGCUAAAGAUGGAGCCCUAGGAUUGAUCGACGUCCUGCGACAAACGUUCGCAACUUACGGUAUCCCCGAUGAAUUGUCAUCAGAUGGCGGCCCAGAAUUUACAGCUCACACCACCAGGCAAUUCAUGCAAACUUGGGGAGUGCAACAUCGCCUCAGCUCUGUGGCAUUCCCCCAUAGCAACUGCAGAGCAGAAGUUGGCGUAAAGACUGUCAAGAGACUCAUUACCGGCAACGUUGGACGCAACGGAUCACUCAACAUUGAUGCUUUCCAGAAAGCUAUCCUCCAGUACAGAAACACACCUGACCCAAGUACCAAACUCUCUCCAGCUAUGUGCGUCUUUGGAAGACCCAUCAGAGAUCUCAUUCAGAUCCUACCCGGCCAAUACCGCCCACACAACACUUGGAGAGACUCCCUCAACUUAAGAGAAAAGGCACUAAGACACCGCCACAUCAUUCAACAUGAGAAGUGGAGUGAACACACUAAAUCCCUCACACCUCUACAUGUAGGGGAUCGAGUACGGCUCCAAAACCAAACUGGCCAUCAUCCCAACAAAUGGGAUUGCACUGGCAUAGUUAUUGAAGUUCGUCAGUACCACCAGUACCUCAUCCGCGUUGAUGGAUCCGGCAGACCAACCCUAAGGAACAGAAAAUUUCUACGGAAAUACACCCCAGUAUCCCCACCAAGGGAGCGGAGAUCAAUCUUUGAUGACAUGGCUCUCCUCCCACCCUCUGAUGUCACUCCCACCCUACCCACCGCCCCACCUCCCACUCAACCACCCUCACCAGGCACCCCUGCCCCGGACCCUGUGGCCAAUCCUACUGACUGCCCUCCAUCCCCUCCACCUCCACCUCCACCCCACCCUAUGUCUCCAUCCCCACCCCACCCUAUGUCUCCCCCGCCCCUACGCCGAUCCACAAGGACAAGAAAACCCCCCGACCGGCUCUACUAAAAAGUCUUUCAUCCUUCGGUUGAAGACUUGGAAGGGAGAUAGAGAAUAUUGAACAUUGAACGUAUUUAGCUAGUGACCAAUACCCAUUUAUUCAGUUGUGUCUAGCAUUGAUUCAUGUGAACAUAACAA